AUGGCCCCGCCACUCCUGCUGCUGCUGCUGGCCAGUGGAGCGGCCGCCUGCCCACUGCCCUGUGUCUGCCAGAACCUGUCCGAAUCACUCAGCACCCUCUGUGCCCACCGAGGCCUGCUGUUCGUGCCACCCAACGUGGACCGCCGCACCGUGGAGCUGCGGCUGGCUGACAACUUCAUCCAGGCCUUGGGGCCACCGGACUUCCGGAACAUGACAGGGCUGGUGGACCUGACGCUUUCCCGGAAUGCCAUCACCCGCAUUGGGGCCCGCGCUUUUGGGGACCUGGAGAGCCUACGUUCCCUGCAUCUGGACGGGAACAGGUUGGUUGAGCUGGGCACCGGCAGCCUGCGGGGCCCCGUCAACCUGCAGCACCUCAUCCUCAGUGGCAACCAGCUGGGCCGAAUCUCGCCCGGGGCCUUCGACGACUUCCUGGACAGCCUGGAGGACCUCGACUUGUCCUACAACAACCUGCGGCAGGUGCCCUGGGCCGGCAUCGGUGCCAUGCCUGCCCUGCACACGCUCAACCUGGACCACAACCUCAUCGACGCACUGCCCCCGGGCGCCUUCGCCCAGCUCAGCCAGCUCUCCCGUCUCGACCUCACCUCCAACCGCCUGGCCACGCUGGCACCAGACCCGCUCUUUUCCCGGGGGCGCGACGCGGAGGCCUCACCCGCCCCCCUGGUGCUGAGCUUCAGCGGGAACCCCCUGCACUGCAACUGCGAGCUGCUGUGGCUGCGGAGGCUGGCCCGGCCCGACGACCUGGAGACGUGCGCCUCCCCUCCAGGCCUGGCCGGCCGCUACUUCUGGGCAGUGCCCGAGGGCGAGUUUUCCUGCGAGCCGCCCCUCAUCGCCCGCCACACGCAGCGCCUCUGGGUGCUGGAGGGCCAGCGGGCCACUCUGAGAUGCCGGGCCCUCGGUGACCCUGCGCCCACCAUGCACUGGGUCGGCCCUGAUGACCGCCUGGUUGGCAACUCCUCCCGAGCCCGGGCUUUCCCCAACGGGACCCUGGAGAUCGGGGUGACGGGCUCUGGGGACGCAGGGGGCUACACCUGCAUUGCCACCAACCCUGCCGGGGAGGCCACAGCCCGUGUGGAGCUACGGGUGCUGGCCUUGCCCCACGGCGGGAACGGCAGUGCUGAGGGGGGCCGCCCAGGGCCCUCGGACAUUGCCGCCUCGGCCCGCACUGCUGCCGAGGGCGAGGGGACACUGGAGUCUGAGCCAGCUGUGCAGGUGACAGAGGUGACUGCAACCUCAGGGCUGGUGAGCUGGGGGCCAGGGCGGCCAGCCGACCCUGUGUGGAUGUUCCAAAUCCAGUAUAACAGCAGUGAAGAUGAGACCCUCAUCUACCGGAUUGUCCCGGCCUCCAGCCACCACUUCCUGCUGAAGCACCUAGUCCCUGGUGCCGACUAUGACCUCUGCCUGCUGGCCCUGUCACCUGCCGCUGGGCCUUCCGACCUCACAGCCACCCGGCUGCUGGGCUGUGCCCGUUUCUCCACGCUACCGGCUGCGCCCCUGUGCCACGCCCUGCAGGCCCACGUGCUGGGCGGGACCCUGACCGUGGCCGUGGGGGGUGUGCUGGUGGCUGCCUUACUGGUCUUCACCGUGGCCUUGCUGGUUCGGGGCCGGGGGGCCGGGAAUGGCCGCCUCCCCCUCAAGCUUAGCCACGUCCAAUCCCAGACCAAUGGAGGCCCCAGCCCCACGCCCAAGGCCCACCCGCCGCGGAGCCCACCGCCUCGGCCCCAGCGCAGCUGCUCCCUGGACCUGGGGGAUGCUGGCGGGUGCUACGGUUACGCCAGGCGCCUCGGAGGAGCCUGGGCCCGACGGAGCCACUCUGUGCAUGGGGGGCUGCUCGGGGCAGGGUGCCGGGGGGUGGGGGGCAGCACGGAGCAGCUGGAAGAGAGUGUGGUGUGAUGGGAAGGGAGUCGGCCCAGGGCGGGCUGGGGAAGGGGCAGAGGGUGUGGGGCGGGCAGCUGCUGGGCCUGGUUGGGUCGGCACUGCCUGGGAGUCCCUCCUGAUUUUACCCUUGGUACCUCAGGCCUCCUCUGUGCUUGGCCAGGCAGGGGGCCCUCUCCCUGGUUUUGGCCUCCAGACCUGCGUUCCACUGACAGGUGCUCACAGCCACCGAAGCAGGGGCUGCACCAACCAAGCAGGAGUCUUGUUUUUCUUUAUAAUAAAAUUGUUGGGUACACCUCA